AUGCCUACUACGGUGACAUGCGUUGACGUGCGAGCGUCAUGGCGGAGACAAGGCCACCCUGCUACCAAACCUAGUACCUCGAGCCCCGCGAAGCUGCAACCGGCUGGCACCCAGAUGUGGUCCUUCGCCAGCGCUAUGUACACCGCUCAGGGCACAAAACCCCGCGAUCUACCCAAGCUACACGAUCGCCCAUCGAAAUGCUUCCUCGCCCUGCCUCACGAUGCGCUCUCGUCUUCAACGUUACGAUAUUACGCCUUUGCCGUCACUGAGGACUUUCUCGCCGACCUUGCCCGCGCCGCACCCAAACGAGAACGACUGCGAGUCCCACAUGCAGACGGCGUUCAACUCACGCAUCACGGUCUUCGUCUUGUUAGUGCUCGUACUGGAGCACGGAGGAUAUUCCUCACUGCUGGCCGGAUAGACCGCGACCGACCUCCGCGCCACCCGCCACCCUUCGUAGCGCCCAACGGCAUCGUGCCACUCGUGGCUGUGUGCUCGAGCGAACCUAGCUCGUACCGGAAACGUCCUAGCCAGGAGCAGGUCGACAGGCUCAUGGACAUCUUCGGCACACCUCCACAGUGGUGGACGGCCUUCUCGCGCGAUAUGCCUCGACAACCGGCAGAGGAGGUCAUUGCGUCCGCUCGGGCAUGA